UGCACGAUGAACAAAAGUUGCGUAUCAUAGUUUGCAACCAGAAAACGUCCCGCUAGAGUAGUACAGGUGUCUCUAUUUUAUGCGUUGCGCCUUUCUUUAUCUGACUCGGGAGAAAUCCCUCACCACUAGUCCGAACUCUGAAGCCAAAGGGAACGUGGUUUUGAAAUUUGGGCUCUUACCUUGAAAGUUUCCUUGUCCCGUUUCAAAUCCGACGAACUUGGAGAUAAAUACCUGGAAUUCAACCACCAGUAGAAGCUUACCAGACGAAAGGAGAGAACCAUGUACCUACAAUCCCCUCCUCCACCUUUUCCCUUCCUUCUCCUUCUCUUCUCCAUAAUAUCAUUCCUGCCGCCUUCUUUCUCCGAUGCCUCCUUGCAGCAAUACAAGGAUUGCUCUCCGGUCCCCUUUACCUGCGGAGACCUCAGCAUCAAUAUCUCCUACCCAUUCCGAAUGGAUAGCCGUCCUGACUACUGUGGCUACCCGGGCUUCGAUCUCACCUGCACCAACAACUCCGCCAUGGUGAUCCGCAUCAACGGCAGGCGCUACCAGGUGAAGGACGUCGAUUACUCGAACCGGCUUCUAACCAUCGUCGACCCCGAUUUCCUCGGCCAAUCCUGCCCCCAGCCAUAUGAGAACACCACCUUGGAUCUCCGCCGCUUCGAGUACUCCGACCGCGACCGGAACCUCACCGUCUUCCUCAACUGCAGCUCCCCGAUGCUACAUAGCAACGACUGCUUCGUUAACGAUACCGCCGGGGCCGGGCUGCGACUUUAUUAUGGGAUCCAGAACGGUAGUUUGGCUGGUCUUGGGGGGAUUUGUCGUUCCACUGUGCUCGUUCCGGUGAGUCAGACGGCUGCAGGCCUUCUGAUGAACGGCAAUUUGAGCUUCGGGGACGCGCUGCAGCAGGGGUUCGCAGUGAGUUGGAGGGCGGGACGAGCGUGGUGCCGCGAGUGCGUCGACUCUGGUGGGUUUUGUGGGUUUUAUUCCAAUUCCACCGCUGAUCGGCCCUGCUUCUGCCCCAAUGAUAUGGCUAACGGCUCGUGUUCGGUAGUAGGCAGCAAAAGCAGAACAAAGGGGAUUAUAAUAGGUUCAGCAGCAGUUACCGGUGGUCUCCUUUUGGCAUGCCUUUUAUCCUUUCUCUACUUACGCCAGCAUGAAAAACUUCCCAACUCAAUCUUCUUUUGGAGGAAAAAAUCAGAAAAUUCACAGAAUAUUAAAGCCUUUCUGGAGAGAUGUGGAUCUUUUGCUCCAAAAAAAUACAGGUACAAAGAUGUGAAAAAGAUCACCAGAAAAUUUUGCGAAAAACUAGGACAAGGGGGUUAUGGCACUGUAUUCAAAGGUACUCUCACGGAUGGUCGUUUGGUUGCUGUAAAGAUCUUAUCCGAGUCCAAGGGUGAUGGAGAGGAAUUUGUUAAUGAGGUUGCAAGCAUAGGUAGGACCUCUCAUGUGAACAUUGUUAGUCUGCUAGGCUUUUGUUCAGAGGGGUCCAAAAGAGCUCUUAUUUAUGAAUUCAUGCCCAAUGGGUCACUAGAUAAGUACAUAUACUCAGAGAAAUCAGUUCUUGGACUGGAGAUGUUAUACCAAAUAGCAACUGGUGUGGCCCAAGGUUUAGCAUACCUGCAUCGUGGGUGCAAUACACGUAUAGUACAUUUCGAUAUUAAACCUCAUAAUAUCCUACUAGACCAGGAAUUUUGUCCAAAGAUAUCUGAUUUUGGGUUGGCUAAGUUAUGCCCGCCAAAAGUUAGCAUACUUUCCAUGGCAGAUACCAGAGGAACGAUCGGCUAUAUUGCCCCAGAAGUUGUCUCGAGAAAUUUUGGAGUUGUCUCUAGUAAAUCUGAUGUAUAUAGCUAUGGAAUGAUGUUAUUGGAAAUGGUUGGAGGAAGAAAAAAUCCUGGAUCUGGGGAAACUAGUGAAAUUUAUUUUCCACAUUGGAUUUAUAAGCAUCUUGAGCAAGAUGGAGGUCUACAAGCUUACGGUGUAACAGUAGAAACUGAAGAAAUCGCAAGAAAGAUGAUAUUAGUUGGACUAUGGUGCAUACAAACAAACCCAGGAAAUCGACCUUCCAUGAGCAAGGUGGUAGAGAUGUUGCAGGGAAGCCUAAGUGACUUGCAAUUGCCUCCAAAGCCAGUUCUAUUUUCUUCUCAAGUUCUAUCUUCUCCUCAAGGAUCAUUGAUUGAUUCAUCAGCAGAAAUGACCCCCUGAGAUGUUUGACUCCCUGCAGGAAGUAUGAAUUUUCUUUUGGUGUAGCAAACAACACAUGAGUGUUGCAUCAUGAGAUCUGCAUCGUGAGUCUUGCAUCAUGAGAUUUGCAU